AUGCAGUUCACACAGCUCCUCACCCUCACCACCCUCCUCACUGGUGUCCUCGCCAUUCCCACCCUGAACGAGAAGCGUGCCUGCGCCUACACCUGUGGCACGGUCUGCUACACCAGCAAGGCCGUCGCCGCCGCCCUAUCCGCCGGAUACGGGCUUGAAGCCCAGGGCGAGGAAGACGACUCAUACCCGCACGUCUACCACAACUAUGAGGGCUUUGACUUCCCCGUCUCCGGAACUUACUACGAGUUCCCUAUCCUCAGCGACGGCGAGGUCUACGAUGGUGGCUCUCCCGGUGCGGACCGUGUUAUCUUCAACGACAACGAUGAGCUUGCUGGCGUGAUCACGCACACUGGGGCCAGUGGUGAUGAUUUCGUUUCUUGUUAG